CAGUCACUUGUUACGGUGUAAUUAAAGUAGACGUUUGCCAACUUUGCCUCCAACUGUACUUAAUUGUAUCAACUAAGAUACAGUGUCCUGACACUAAUGAUUUACCGUAAUAUUUUUACAUACAUUUAAAUCUUUAUGUUUAAAUAAUAACUGGACACUGGACACUGGAAAUGCAUUACUUUUUCACCAUGCUGUGGUCCGUUUUCCUGGUGACUCUGUGGUUCAACUUUAUGACUGGAAAUGUCAUCCACAAUCAUCAGUCAGACAGAGAAAUGGUUCUCGCAUUUGUGGUGAACAGGCACGGUGAGAGGUCACCGGACGCAGAUGAGCUGUCCCUCUCGGACCAACAGGAGAAAAUUAAGAACUUGACGUGGAUCGAGGGGUUAGAAGGCCUCACCAACGUGGGCAAAAGUCGGUCUUUCCUACUUGGCAAAUUCAUCAAACAACGCUAUGGAGUUGAGGGCAACGGCCUGCUAUCCAACAUUUACCUUCAAGACGAGAUAGCACUAAGAAGUACCGAUAAGGAGCGCACCAAAAUGACAGCUCAAAUGGCAAUGGCGGCGGUAUAUCCUCCAGAAGUUGAGCAGCAAUGGGAUGAAGGUCUGGGCAAAAUCUGGCAACCCGUCCCUUACACUGCUGUCCCACUGUCCGAAGAUUAUCUGCGUUAUUACUCAAACUGCAAGCGUUUCAAGGAGCUGAUGGUUUUGGCUAAGGAAGAAGCUGUUCAUCAAGAGUUUGUCCAGUUCAAGGACCUGGUGACAAUUGUGAAGAAGGAGACCGGAAGGAACUUCACCGAGGACCCAGUCCUUUUCGAAACUCUAUUCGAUUUGUUUAAGAGUCAGGUUAGCCUUGGCCUGGAUAUCCCGGAGUGGGCAAAACCACUACUGCCAAAACUAGGAGAGGCGGCCAGGUUAGCAUACAGGCUGUACUUCCGCUACGAAGAGAUGAAGAAACUUGGCGGAGGUGUUAUACUGAAUGACUUCGUCAAUGCUGCCAACGACAUAGCCUCAGGCAAACAGAUCAAAAAGAGAUUCCGCAUGUACUCAGCUCACGACUUCAACAUCGGUUCCCUGAUGGAGGUCACGAAGGUCGUGAGGCAUGAGCAGAGCUUGCCUGAGUACGGAUCUCUGUUCGGUCUGGAAAUGUAUCGGUCGAAGAGUACUGGAGAGUUUACUAUUGUGCCCAUCUACUUGGCCAAGGCUGGUGAGUCUACCGCCCAGUACCUCCACUUCACAGGCUGUGAGGCCAGCAGCCACUGCGAGUUGAACAAAUUCAAGGAAAUGACUAAAGAGUACCUGCUUCCAGAGAGGGAUUUCUAUAACAUAUGUAGCAUAAGAACCGAGCUGUGAUGAUGGAGAAAUGCGCUGUGAUUUAGUUUUAAGUUGAUUUGUGUCAUUAGCUAUAGGAAUCCACGUAAAUUACCCGAGAUCUUAGUUGACUUAAAUAACAACUGGUUGAUAGCAGUGGCGUGCACUUCAUACAUGCACAAAAGCACUGCAUACCCAAAUUAUUUUAUAUAACUCGUAUUGGAACGGAAUUUUUCCAUUUUAUGCUAAAUGGUCGAAAACCAUGUGCACGUCACUGACUGAUAGAUAUUACUGUAAAAGUCUGAGGAGACUGGAAAUACAUUUUUGACGACCUCCAUGGUGCAAAGGUGAGCGCUGUGAAUUUAAGUACGAGGUCUCUAGUUCGAUUUCCGGCAGG